CAUGAAACUGACAUCGUAUUUUUAAACGUAUUAAACUUUAAAUUUUUAGCGUCUGAUUCAAUUUUAAAAUUCAAAAGUGCUAUUUAAAUGUUUCACCGUUUGUAUCUUUUGGUUCUUUGUAUAUUCAACGCGUCUCCAGGUCAAAGAUGUGUGCUAAAUUCUCGGUCUCAUUUUGGAGAACCGUUGCCGGUAUUUUUAAGGAAUGGAAGACUUUUAGAGCCCGAUGAUCGAUAUGGAAACGUGGAGAUGAAUAGCGGAGACACCUUGACUUUAAGCUGUGGGAGCUCAGGGCCUAUAUCGCAUCCUAACGCCAUUCGCCAGCUCAGAACUGCUACUAUAACUUGUGAAGCCGGCGAUAACUUCAGAAACGAUGAUUGGCUAAACGCGCCGGCUAGCUUCAGCCAAUUUCGCUGUCAGGAUCCCCCAGACUAUAAUAGCCAACGCACGAAUCAAUCAUGCUUUAAUGGGCAUCAAAUCUACGAAGUUGGGUAUCAGAUUGAUAAUCAAUGGCAUCCAGUAUACCAGUCCUGUUUCGAUGAAGAUGUCCUCAGACCUGUUUAUUCGAAAUACACGCAGAAGCCAUAUAACGCCAUGUUUCAAACGAGAGUAGAUAGACCUUAUUUUAAAGCGGAUGGCAAUUAUAGAACCAUUCCAGUGGAAUCCUUGUUCUCUCCGUGGGGUCAGAGGGCAGCUAUCGGAAACCUUGUAGGGUCUGCUAUCGACCGCUACGUUACUAGAUCCGAAGAGAUGUCUAGAGGCCACUUAGCUGCGAAAACAGACUUUGUGUUUGCGUUCGGAGAAAGGGCUACAUUCCACUACGUAAACUGCGCGCCUCAGUGGAAAAAUUUCAACGGAGGAAACUGGAAUACCUUAGAAGUUGACUUGAGAAACCACGUCCACGCAGCAGGAUACAAUACCAUAUUAUACACGGGAACUUUUGGAGUGACCAGCCUUAUUAACCAAUAUGGAGAACGAGUUGAUCUCUACCUUGCAAAUGAUAAUAACAACAAUCCAAUAAUUCCAGUCCCUCAAUAUUAUUAUAAAGUGGUUUAUGAUACGGAUUCUCGCAAGGGUAUCGCCUUUGUGGGUAUAAAUAACCCGUAUUACACUUCGAGCGAAGCAAGGGACCUGUUUUUCUGUGAAGACUUGUGUAGGGGCAACCCGGAAUUUCGCUGGUUGACAUGGCGCCCGGAUAACCCUUCGGAGGGAUACACUUUUUGUUGUAGAGUUGAGGAUUUUCGGCGUACGGUUAAUCAUUUACCGGAAUUCGAGGUUACAGGAUUGCUAACGUAACUUAA